AUGACCCGCAAGCAUUUAGAACCUGAUCCAUCGCGGGUCUUAGAUAGGUCAAACGGUCUCAUCAACGCCAAUUCAACUCCAAUAGCAAAGCUUCCGGAUCUGAGCGAUAUAGAAAGGCUUCGGGUCUGGAAUGGUAGAGCUACCCCGGCAGGAGACCUGCGGGUUCAUGAUCUGAUCCAGGAACGAAUGAUUUCUCAGCCUGGUGCGCCUGCGGUUUGUGCUUGGGAUGGCAACUUCACGUAUCAGGAAUUGGAUGAAUUCUCCUCCAGACUGGCUAGCGAGCUGGUAGCCCGAGGAGUGAAGCCAGAAACAUUUGUGGCCGUGUGCCUUCCCAAAUCCAAAUGGACUGCAGUUUCCAUUCUUGCCGUUAUCAAGGCCGGCGCUGCCUUUGUGCUUCUAUUUGAUGGCUACCCAAUUGCGCGACUACGCGAGAUUUAUGAUCAAGUCCAUGCAACCGUUCUGUUGGCAGCGCCGGAGCUAAUUGACUAUGCCCAACAACUAUCGGACGAUGUUGUGCUUGUUGGAGACAGCCAGUCUCUGGACUGGCCGCACGAAGUCCAAGGCUUGAAAGAUAUACCAACCACAGGGAACAGUGCGCUUUACGCGAUCUUUACCUCUGGAUCCACCGGAAAACCCAAAGGCGCUGUCAAUGAACACGCGUCUCUAUGCGUGGCCGCGCAAAUAUCUGGUCAAGCGCUGGGGAUGAACGAUCAGAGCAGAGUCUUUCAAUUUGCAUCUUAUGCAUUUGAUCCAACGAUCAUGGACUUUCUGCGGACACUAAUAUUCGGUGCCUGUGUCUGUAUUCCUUCGUUUUCCCAGACUAGAAAUGACAUUGCCGGCGCUAUGAACCAGUUCAAGGCAACCCACGCAAGCAUGACACCCUCGGUUGCACGAACCUUGGAUCCAGAUGGAGUCCAGACUUUACAGGCCCUGGAACUGGCUGGUGAGCCCAUGCUAGAAGCUGAUAGGAACCGAUGGUGCGGCAGGUUGCGGUUGGUGAAUGCGUACGGGAUUGCGGAAUGUGCCGUCUACUCCGUGCUCCGGUUGAUGAGCAACGAGGUCUCACCGCGCAAUAUUGGUUUUGGAGCAGGAUGUACUCCAUGGGUAGUUGAUGAGGAAGAUCAUAACUCCUUGUUGCCCAUCGGCGAGAUUGGGGAGUUGGUUUUGGAAGGUCCGACAAUUGGUCGUGGUUAUAUCAACGAUCCUCAAAAGACCAAUGAUGCCUUUGUAAGGGGUCUACCAUGGCUAGAAGAGUUCCGCGGAGACGCCUCCUCCAACAUUCGAAUCUAUAAGACGGGCGAUCUAGUUCAGUAUCAACCAGACGGGUCACUGAUGGGAAUGGGUCGCAAGGAUACGCAGGCCAAAGUGCGGGGACAGCGCAUUGAGUUGGGCGAGAUUGAGCACCACAUGGGCGCUCUCCUCAAUCCCCAGGAAGAGGUGGUUGUCGAAGUAAUCUAUCCAGGCCAUGACCCUCGAGAUAAUGCCCUUCUUGUAGCCUUUGUCCGUUUAUCUGCUAAGAGCAACGUUUCACCAUCGACUGAUCUCUUCGCACCGCCAACUGAUACAUUUCGAAUCCGCAUGGAGCAUCUUGAGACUCAACUAAAAGGUCGAAUACCAGAGUUUAUGAUCCCUGGAGCAUUCGUAGCGUUGAACUGGAUUCCUCUUUUGAUCUCCGGUAAGACAAACCGACGACAGCUUCGAGAACAAGCAUCGCGUCUGUCGCGCAGCGACCUCGAAUCCUAUAUGAGGACCGCAGCAGUCCAUGUUUCCCCAACCAGCCAGAUUGAGGAAACGUUGCGAGAAGAGUUUGCUCAGAUCCUCGGGCGUCCAGCACGGGAGCUAAGCAUCCAUGAUUCCUUUUUCCGCCGCGGCGGAGAUUCCAUUUCCGCAAUGCAGCUGAGUGCGCAAUGCCGAACAAGCGGCUUACCCAUUCAGACGCAGGACAUUUUCCAAUAUCCCACAAUUUACAUGUUGGGUCAGUAUAUCCUCAGUCGUCGGAGCGCUACAGCGGCCUUUCGCCUUACCCCUGCGCAAAGACUUGUGCUCCCAGCCCGAACUGGCCGGGAUGUGCCGGCUCAGAGCAUCAGCCAUCGACUGGAGAGCCCCAUAAACCUCAAACACCUAGAACUGGCCAUUCAAUACCUCAUGGAUCGGCAUCCAAGUCUUCGGACGAGGUUCACUGCAGGAGACGAUGGUCAGUGGAUGCAAGCGGUUGCUCCUUUGGACCAGAGGCUGUACGAGUGCUCCGCCCUUCAAAUAUCAGACCAUGCAAAUCUUGACCGGCUACGGGACGCUUAUUGUGACCGGCUGAACAUCAUUGAUGGACCGCUUCUGUUAGCAUACCUGGUACACGGUGAUGGUGGAAAUCAGAGCCUCCUUUUAAUUGCUCCCACGGUCAUCAUGGAUGCAUACUCCUGGCACAUUCUCCUCUCUGAUCUACAGGCAUAUCUGCAGGGCAAUAUUCUUCCACCAGUGUCCGACUCGUUCCAGGCUUGGUUGGAAGAUGACCACGAUCUUUCUCAAUACUCAGUACUGACAGAUUCAAAACUGAUCCCACAUGAGGAUAUUUCAGGCUCCGACAAGCUCAAGCUCGUAUCCUACCAGAUCGAGCUGGAUCAAUCGACAACGGCACUCCUUCGCCAGAGCCGUGAAGCUGGACUGCACAUCACACCAGAAGAGGCCCUCCUUGGAUCUCUGAUCCAUACAUUUGUCACCACUUUCCCAGAUCAAGCGCAUCCCCAGAUUUGGAUCAAGCGCAACGGCAGAACGCCAAAAUACUCGGGACUCAUCGGUCAAUUUACCAUCCACAGACCGCUAGGGCUUUCGUCUGGAACCAACCAGGAUCUGAUUGACAUUGUGCAGCAAAUCAAGGAUGCGAUUCGAACUGGCCGUGGAACGGAAAGGACAACUGAGACAUCGCCCAAAGUAAUCUUCCUCUGGGAGGACAAAUUGAACGAUGUUCCCAUAGCGUUCCAUGGAAGCACACUUCAAUGUGGAUCGCCAGCCAUUUUGGCCAUCACAGCUUAUCCCUUGGUGGACUCGGUCACGCUCCGCAUUACACACAACCGUGAUCUGAAAGACCAAAUGGACGUUCAAUAUUGGCUCCAUCAAUGGCCUGCAUUGCUAGCAGAAGGAUUAAAGCAACUAGCCACCCUUGAAACUCAGUUGACCAUCGGGGAUUUUCCUCGGCUAGCCAUGGACCUGUCUGGGCUGGCGAGUCUGGUCGAUGCCAGCUUAGCCCAACACCAUGUUGAAAAUCUAAAUCAGAUUGAAGAUAUAUACCCGACGUCGUUCAUCCAGCAGGGCAUGUUGCUCAGCCAGGCUCGGGAUCCUCUAUCAUACUGUUCCUCGACAACGUGGGAGAUCAGAUCAAUAUAUAACUCCACAGUCGACUUAGCUCGACUGCAAAAUGUGUGGCAGCAGCUGAUGAGCCGUCAUUCCGUCCUUCGCACUGUUUUUGUGCCACAUCAAGAUGGCUGCCACUAUCAGAUUCUACUCAAGCGCGCCCCAACCCCUAUCAGAGUGUUACAAUUAGAUGCUUUAGAAUCCAUUCAGGUAGCAAGGAAAGAGGUUGAUGGCUUCUCUGAUUUCCGCACAUUGCUUCCCUGGGCACUCACACUGGGCCCAUUAAGCGGGGGAAGCGUGGUGUGUGAAUUGAAAAUCAACCAUGCCCUGAUGGAUGGCGAAUCUAUGCGGCUUAUCGUUCGAGACGCUAUGCGUGCCUAUGAUGGCCAGCUGCAGUCACAGUUACCUCCUUUAUAUAGUCAAUAUGUCGACUACCUCCACCAUGUCCCUCGAACGGUGUCCUUGCAGUAUUGGGAGACAUAUCUCAGAGACACCGAGCCAUGUCUUUUCCCAUCCUUUGCAAGAGCGUUUACUAAUGAGCAGACUCAUCCACUCGCCGAUCAACAAAUUCAGAUCAAGGACAUUCGCCAACUGCUGUCUUUUUGCGACAAAGAGGGGUUGACAUUAUUCAACCUCAUUCAACUAGCCUGGGCCAUUGUCCUCCAGUGCUAUGUUGGCACAGAUACUGUCUGUUUUGGUUAUUUGGCAUCAGGCCGGGAUGUUCCUCUCGAUGGCGUCCAAGACCUUGUCGGCCCUCUGAUAAAUAUGCUAAUUGCUCGCAUUGAUCUGACAGAGAAGCUGACCGUCCGCCAGCAUCUAACCCAGAACCAAGAGAGGUUUGCUCAAAGCCUUCCACAUCAGCAUUGCUCUCUCUCAGAGAUCUAUCGUAAUAUUGGUCAGUCUGGAGCAGGCUUGUUCAAUACUCUCAUCACCUAUCAGAAGAUUCCACCAAAGGAAAGAUUUAGCCUUAUCUUCGACGAGAUUCGUGACAUCCAACCGACUGAGUUUGAUAUUGUCCUGACUGUCAACGCAUACCGUGACAUGAUUGAUGUUUCAUUCACAUAUCUGGUAUCCAAGCUUCCAUCGAAUUUGGCUGCUAGCAUUGCCGGGGCUUUCAGCACGGUACUGGCCGAUAUUGUCACACGACCAGACUCUCCUGUAUCUGAGUUGAGCGUACUAAGCAGCUCAGACCAUGCGCAGAUCUUGGAUUGGAACACUCCUGCUGUGCCAGCGGUCAGUACCUGCAUCCAUGAUCUAGUAUAUGCCCGCUGCCUGGAGCACCCAAACAAGUCGGCGGUCUGUGCCUGGGAUGGGAGUUUGACGUACCAGGAACUCUGGGAUCACUCUACUACACUCGCUGGGUAUCUAGUCCGCCGUGGCAUUGGCCCUGAGAUGCCUAUUCCGAUCUGGGGUACUUGCAUUCUGAUUGACCCUACCGCCCCAACGGAGCGCAUCCAGUCCAUGGUGAGCGAACUAGUGCCGAAGGUGAUCCUGGUAUGCCCAGGUACGGCCGAUAUGGGCUUUGACUCGGCAGCAGAGAGAAUGGUGGUGCGGUCGGAGUGGUGGCUGUCCUCUGAUGCCAUGCGGCCCCUGGAUAUCCAGUCUCGUGCCCGGCCACAGGACGCGGCAUUUAUCAUCUACACCUCUGGUAGCACAGGACGGCCCAAGGGAAUUAUCUUGCAACAUGACUCACUCAGCACCAGUAUGCUCGAGCAUGGACACCGCGUCAACAUUGACUCCAAUACCCGCGGGCUGCAGUUUGCUUCUUAUACCUUUGACAUGAGUGUCUAUGAAACGUUCAACCCUUUGAUCUACGGAGGAUGCGUCUGUAUCCCAUCAGACCAUGCCAAAAUGAACCAGCUAACCCAGUUCAUUGUGGACACCAGUAUUAACUGGGUCGCCUUCACGCCGUCCAUGAUUCGAAUCUUGCACCCAGAUGAUAUGCCUAAUGUCGAGACAGUCUUCCUGUCUGGAGAGUCUCUACCGGAAGAUGUGGCGGAUAUCUGGGCGCCCCGGGUGAAGCUAUUCAAUGUGUAUGGUCCAGCAGAGUGCACCAACUGCGCUGUGCAGUUCAUAGAUCCCAUUAGCCAAUGGGCUGCUGGUACGGUUGGAUGGCCUGUCGGAGGAUCCGGCUGGAUUGUCGAUCGGUCCAACAUCAAUCGGCCCAUGCCGGUAGGCGCGAUUGGAGAGCUGCUUUUUGAAGGCCCGGUUGUAGCUCGCUCGUAUUUUGAUCGGCCAGAUGCUACUCAGUCGGCCUUCAUCACGGCUCGACCGGCGUUCCUACCACCGCUGCCAGACAACCAUCAGUCACGAUUGUACAAAACUGGCGAUCUCAUGCAUUACAAUCCCGAUGGAUCAAUGCGCUAUAUCGGGCGCAAGGAUCGCCAGGUGAAGCUGCGCGGGCAGCGGAUCGAGUUGGAAGAGAUCGAGGUCCAUGUACGGCGCCAUCUUAGCCCUAAUGAGAAUGUCGUCAUAGAUGUCAUCAACCCUGCGGACCAGAAACACACCAAAGUCUUGAUUGCCUUUCUGUGGGACGGUGUUUCUCGCGAUAUCAAGACUGGAGACGACAAUGGGUGGUUGCUACGUGCAGAUGACCACUUUCGCGCCCAUUCCGAGACAAUCCUUUCUCAACUCCAAAUAUCGAUUCCAACAUAUAUGAUCCCUCAGUUGCUGAUCCCAAUAUCCAUGGUGCCCAAGACGAAAUCUAGAAAGACAGACCGAGGCUUUCUCCAUCGCAUUGCCUGUCGGCUCUCUCGCAUGCAACUAGAAGCCCUGGUAGCUACAGAUGGUGGAAUAUUGCAGCCCACGACUGAUAAUGAGAUUGUCAUACAGCAGAUAUGGGCAACGGCGCUGGAUAUGUCUGCUGAUCUGAUAGGAAUCCACCAUAACCUGUUCCAGCUUGGGGGUGACUCCAUUACGGCCAUGCGAAUCGUCAGCCUGGCCCAUGCUCAGGGCUACCGUUUGAGUGUCGCCGAGAUUUUUCGCCGACCAACCUUGAUGCAUUUGGCCGAGCGUCUGCAGAGACAGCAAGAGACAGUAUCCACUAUAGCAUAUACACCAUUUUCUCUGGUGGGAGCAGAAGAUGAUAUGCACGAUUUGCAGGCAAGAGCCCAGGAUGAGUGCAAUGUAUCUUCAAGUGACAUUGAAGAUAUAUAUCCAUGCACCGCACUGCAAGAAGGGCUGAUGAGUUUGACCAUCAGAAAACAAGGGUCUUACCUGGCACAGUACCUUUAUCUUAUCGAAGGGGGAAUAGAUCUGGAUCUUCUGGCCGUAUCCUGGAAUGCUGUGGUUCAGGCAAACCCAAUCCUUCGAACCAGAAUUUUCCAAGGACCAUCAGGCCGGAUGUUCCAGGCAGUAUUGGAGAAUGGUCCUUCGUGUGAGGUAUUACCAACUGGAUAUGAUCUAGACCAGUAUAUGAAGGCAGCAAAAACCAUGAGGAUUGGACUAGGAACAGAUCUCCUUCAGUCGGCCAUCUGCUCUCGAUCCGGCGAUGCAUAUUGGAUUCUGACAAUUCACCAUACUGUUUAUGAUGGCUGGUCCAAGACCCAAUUGCUCGAACAGCUGGAGGGUGCCUAUGCUGGACAUGCUCCCCAGCUACACCCUUUUACUGGGUACAUUAAAUACCUUUCUGAAAAAGAUGUAUCAGCAACAAAAAGGUUCUGGGAAUCUGAAUUUGCAAACCUCGACUGCGAGGUGUUUCCCCCACGAGCUAGUCAAUAUACAGAGACAUCAACUCUGCAGCUGGUGGAACAUUCUUUCCAAAUUCCGUCCAAUACCUCCAGCGUCACAAUGUCUGCCAUUAUCCGUCUAGCCUGGGGGCUAGUCGUGUCCAAGUACACCGAUUCGCAGGAUGUUGUCUUUGGCGCCACGGUGGCUGGGCGCAGCGCUGCUGUCGAUGGCAUUGAGCAAAUAGCAGGCCCUACAAUCGCCACCGUCCCGUUCCGAGUGCAAAUUAGCCCGAACAUAUCGGUAAAAGCAGCGCUAGAGGAGGUACAGACUAGAACAAUCGCGAUGAUACCCUAUGAAGCCACGGGAAUUCACCGCAUUAAGGGACUGGGUGCCAAAGCAGCCGCUGCGUGCCAAUUUCAGAGUCUACUGGUGAUUCAGCAGGAGCAGAGCUUCUACCAGCCUCAUAUGGUCCAUGAAGUGGAACGAUUCUCGGAUAACAUCGCCGCAAUCAAUACAUACCCACUGACGAUUCUUAGCAAUUUGAAUAAGGACAAUGUUCACCUUCAGGUAUCGUUUGAUCCUAGCAUCCUCAGCCAGCCAGAGAUCCGAGUGAUGGUGCAGCAGUUUGAAGGUGCCAUCUUACAGUUGAUGAAAGGGCAUUCUCAGAGUAUCUCUGAUAUUGAUCUGGCGGGCCCAGAGACGGUACAGCAACUCCAGGAAUGGAAUGGGCAGGUCCCCAGCAGCCUAGAUGUCACGGUGAAUGAGCUGAUUAGACCUCACCUCGUGGCUCAGCCUCAAACGCAAGCAGUUUGUUCCUGGGAUGGUGAUAUGACAUAUGGCGAGCUUGACCACACGUCCUCUCAAUUGGCGGACAUGUUGGUUCAGAAAGGGGUGAAGGCCGAUGUGCUUGUUCCUGUGUAUCUGGACGCAUGUAAAUGGACUCUUGUGUCAAUUCUCGGGGUCAUGCGCGCCGGGGGUGCCUUUGUCUUGAUGGAUCCAGCGCAGCCAUUAGAGCGCUUGCACCAAAUUCACAACCAGCUGAAUGCGCCACUACUGCUGACUACCAGACAUCAUACCGAGUCUGCCCAAGCACUAACAUCAGACGUCGUUUUCGUUGAUACGCAGGACUGGGAAGAACACCGCGAACAAACGGCUUGGAGAACAUACAAUGUGCAACCUAGCCAUAUUCUCUAUGCAGUGUUUACUAGCGGCACUACUGGUGUUCCGAAGGGAGUCCUUAUUGAGCAUGGUGCGUUUGCUACAAGCGUGACUGCUUUGGUGGACCGGUUUGGACUCGAUAACAGUACUCGGCUGUUCCAAUAUGCGUCGUAUACAUUUGAUGUGAGUGUCCUGGAUCUCCUCUCCACACUCGUUGCAGGAGGCUGUCUCUGUAUUCCGUCAACGGCAGACCGCCAGAAUAACCCCGCCCUUGCCGUGAAAUCGCUGAACGCCAAUUUUAUGCAUCUGACACCUUCCGUGGCGGAGUUGAUCGAACCAGACGAUGUUCCUCAGUUGUGCACGCUCGUGUUGAGUGGCGAGCCAAUGACACCAGCACUCGUAAAGCGCUGGGCAGACAGAGUCAGGCUGAUAAAUGCAUAUGGACCAGCAGAAUGCUCAGUUGACUGCUCUGUAAAUAACAACGUCUCUUGCCAGUCUAACCCAUCUGAUAUUGGCCUUGCAUCGGGCUGUGUCCGUUGGGUUGUCGACAAGGAGGACUACAAUAGGCUGGCACCGUUAAAUACAGUCGGUGAGCUCCUGAUUGAGGGGCCUAUCCUGGCCCGUGAAUAUCUCAACGACGCAGAAAAAACGUCGGCUGCUUUUAUUAAAGAUCCACCUUGGAUGGGCUACUUCCGAUUACCAGCAACAACACGGAGACUGUACAAGACGGGUGACCUGGUGCGUUAUCAACCGGAUGGAUCCUUACUGUAUAUUGGCCGCAAGGAUACCCAGGUCAAGCUGCACGGACAGAGAAUUGAGCUGGGAGAUGUGGAGUAUCAUGUGAAACGUGCAUUCGAUUAUGCGAGACGUGUGGUUGUUGAGCUCGUUAUAUCUAGCAGUGCCGACCAGAAUAGAGCCUUGAUGGCAUUUGUUGAAGUCGAUACACACUCCUGGGAAGACAAGUCCGAUAGCCAGACUAUCCUACUGCCCGCCAGUGAAGCUUUUCGUGCUCAUGGUCAGAAUGCCCUUAUCCGGUUACGAAGGAGCCUUCCAGCUGCGAUGGUACCAGCUGCAUUUCUCCCUAUCUCACAAAUUCCAUUGUCCCAGUCUGGAAAGGCAAAUCGGCAGAAAUUGCGACUGAUUGCUUCUAAUCUCCAGAGAAAUGAGAUUAGAUCUUACAUGGCCGAGGAACGGGUGCGGCGUGCGCCUACCACGGCGGCGGAGGAGGUCGUUCAGACCAUAUGUUGCCGCUUGUUGAACAUUCCUCUCGGGGAAAUCAGCAUGGACGACACGUUCUUCGAGCAUGGAGGUGAUUCCAUAUCUGCUAUUCGGCUCGUCGCUGCUGCGCGCGAAGGAGGAUGGAAAAUGGAGGUUAGCGAUAUUUUCAACGAACCAACACUCGCAGCCCUCGCUGGGAUUAUCCAGCGCGACGACUCCAUCACACAGCAAAUAUUGUCCUUCUCACUGCUGAGGAACACGGAAGAAGUCGAUUCCCUCCGUUCGCAAGCUGUUGAUAUUUGCUCAGUUUCUCCUGAUCAGAUUUUGGAUAUUUAUCCAACAACGGCACUUCAGCAAGGACUGUUGGCGUUGAGCUUCAAGCAGCGAGAAGCCUACUGCGGCCACUUCGUACUGCAAUUAUCUGCCAAUGUUAACAUUGCUCGUCUGAAGGUUGCCUGGGGGCGUACAGUUGAAACAAACGCCAUUCUUCGUACUCGGCUGCUGCAUAGUGCUAAUGGUCAACUGUAUCAAGUGGUUGUCAAGGAUGAGGUGGAAUGGAAACAGGCACAGGGGCUGGAUUCGUACCUUGAGAAUCAGGCAAAGUUGGCUGUCCGCCUUGGAGGAUCUCUAAGUCAGGUGGCCAUUGUUCAGGACGCUCCACGAGGAUGCUGCUUCCUGGUCGUGACGCUUCAUCACGCCUUGUAUGAUGGGUGGUCAAUCUCUCUUAUCUUUCAGGACUUGGAAAAUGCUUACUAUGGACGGCCACUUCCACUGAGAUUGUUCAAUGGAUUCAUUGAUUAUGUAAAUUCCAUCGAUCAGAGAGCCUUGCGUGAUUUCUGGACGGCGGAAUUCCAUGAUCUUUCAUGCAGCCCAUUCCCUGCACUGCCAUCUGCCCACUAUGUGCCUUCUGUGACGGAUACAAUGAAGCAUUCUAUCACGCUAACUGGUGGACCAUCUCGCUUUACCAUGUCCACGGUCGUACGGCUGGCUUGGGCGACGGUGCUAUCGAUCUACACAGGGUCAAACGAUGUUGUCUUUGGGGCCACUGUGGCAGGGCGAAGCGCAUCUGUUCCAUUGAUUGAGGAGAUGACAGGGCCUACAGUGGCAACAGUGCCUAUUCGAAUCAGGAUUGACCCCGUGCAACGUACACAAGAUGUUAUGCAAAGCCUGCAAAGGCACUACACCAAAAUGGUAGGCUUUGAGCAGGCUGGGCUACAAUCCAUCCGAAGCUUCAGUCCCGAGUCGGCGGCAGCAUGUCAGUUCCAGUCACUAUUAGUAGUUCAGGGACAGACCGAGGAGAAGGCUCAAUCAUCAAACCUGUUUCAUGCGGUCGACGAAGGGUAUGAUGCUAGAAUGUUUAGCACAUAUGCAAUCAAUAUCACCUGCGAAAUUGCACCAUCGUCGAUUGAUUUCUGCGUCGACUUUGAUGGUCGUGUGGUAGAGUUGAGUACAAUGCGCAUGAUGCUCUGGCAAUUGGCGCAUGCAACCUCAAGCAUCCUCGAUGGGUGUUCAUUCAUCGGUGACCUCCGAAUGGUUGGUCCAGAAGGCAUGCAGUAUCUUGCAGACUUGAAUUCUGUUGCUCCCAAACGUGUCGACUGCUGCGUCCAUGACUUGGUGCUUUCGUAUAGUGAAAGGACUCCAGAUGCUGUCGCAGUUGAUGCCUGGGAUGGUCUAUUGACAUACAGAAAGCUCGACGAGCUUUCUGCAGUCUUUGCAGGGAGCUUAGUAUCCCUCAACAUUAAAGCUAAUGACAUCGUUCCGUUGCUCUGUACGAAGUCUAUGUCGACAGUCAUUGCUCUACUCGGUGUUAUGCGUGCUGGCGGUACAUUCCUCCUGCUUGAUCCGAACCAGCCAAUCCUUCGCCUGCAAGCGUUGUGUGUAGAGGUCGGCGCGAAUAUCGUCGUCGCUUCGAGUGGCCACAUUCAAUUAGCAGAGAAGCUUGCUACGACGGUGAUUGAAUGCUCACUGGAAGCCAUUACCUUGAGUGAUCCGCUGCAGCCAACAGCCUUGCCAGUGACAACCGCCGAGCAGUCACUAUACUGUGUGUUUACCAGUGGAUCGACGGGGCGGCCCAAGGGCGUCAUAGUCGAGCAUGGUUCCUUUUGCACAAGUGCCAGUAAGAUCGCAGAGGUGACACCGUUCAACCAAUCGACUCGUCUGUUCCAAUUUGCCUCUUUCAUGUUUGACGUCAGCAUCACAGAUCACCUUAUGCCGUUGAUGUAUGGCGGUUGCAUAUACAUCCCAUCUAGCGAUCAAGUUGAGAACGGCCUUCCACGUGCACUCAAAUCGUCUCAAGCGAACUAUGUCGAGCUCACUCCAUCUGUGUCCAGAAUGCUUGAUCCGAGAGAGCAAACUAACUUGAAGAUACUCGCACUAAGUGGUGAGGCCAUGAUGCAAGGCGACGUCGACCGGUGGCAUCGCCACCUCAAGCUCAUCAAUGUAUAUGGACCUGCAGAGUGCUCGGCAGCCUCGACUAUAAAGACCUCCCUUGAGCCAGGGGUAUCUCAACUAUUACUCGGAGAGGCUGCGGGGUGUGUGUGUUGGGUAGUGGAUCCUGAUUACCAUGAACGUGUCCUACCGCCCGGAGCAAUUGGAGAACUGCUCAUCGAAGGACCAAUUGUUGGACGAGGUUAUGUUAAUGAUCCCGCGCAAACAGCUGCUGUCUUCAUAGACCAAGUGUCAUGGCUAGAGAAGUUCCGUGGUGGCACUGCGUCUCGCGUGUAUAAAACCGGUGAUAUAGUACAACAACAACUGCCAAGCGGGGAGCUCAAGUACAUUGGCCGCAAGGAUACCCAAGUCAAGGUGCGUGGUCAACGAAUUGAAUUGGGCGAGGUCGAAUAUCAUGUUCAACGCCUGUUUGACGGGGCUACAAAUGUGGCAGCCGAGGUUCUGUCUCCUAGCGAGUCGCAGAACAUUUUGACUGCUUUUGUGGAGAUGCCACCGUCACACGCGUCACUUUUGAGAUCAGUGAUACUUCCUCCGGAGGCAUCAUUCCAUGCCCAGGUAAAGGCUACAGAGCUUCGACUGCGAGAUGCAGUCCCGUCUUAUAUGGUUCCAAGCCUUUUCCUGCCCGUGAAUCGCAUCCCUCUAACAGUGUCCGGUAAGCUGGACCGGAAGAUGCUUCGGGAAAUGACCAGCGAUCUCUCUCCCAGUGACCUGAGUGCAUAUCUUGGCCCAGUGAAACCGAAAAGAGCACCGGAAACAGAGAUGCAAAAGACCCUGCAGAUGCUGUGUGGCAAAGUGCUUAAUCUGCCGCUGGAAAGGAUUGGCCUUGAUGACAGCUUCCUCUCGCUUGGAGGUGACUCGAUCAGUGCAAUGUCUCUUGUCGCCCACGCAAGUGCCCAGAGCGUCCGAACUACCGUCCAAGAUGUUUUAAAAUACACAUCUAUUGAGUCUCUGGCGCUUUCACUCAUGAAGACUACAACGCGAAUAGCAGACUAUAGAGAGCAGGUAGAAGUACCGUUUGCAUUAUCGCCCAUCCAGCGAAUGUUUUUCGAGGUUGUGCCGCCUGAGUGCCAGGACCACUAUAAUCAGAGCUUUUCAGUCUGUCUUUCUCAAAGAUUCCCAGAGACACAGUUGCAGGACGCAAUAAGAGACCUUGUCCGGCGGCAUUCAAUGCUUCGGGCCCGAUUCUCUCAGCAAGAUGGCCAGUGGAUUCAGACUAUAACUACCGAUGUUGCUUCGUCUUUUUCUUUUCAGACUUUUGACGCCACUAUGGAUGAAACCGACAUUGAGCAGCAGGUUUUACGGACGCAACAGUCACUGAAUAUCCUGACCGGACCCUUGUUGGCUGUGAAUCUACAAAAUGUCAGUCAAACCUCUCAAUCUCUUUUCUUGGUGGCCCAUCACCUCGUCAUGGACAAUGUCUCUUGGCGAAUCAUUCUCGGAGACCUCGAGCGCAUUCUGAGGCCUGAUACCGGAGCAAUGGCGAUAACUUCAUUGCCCUUCCAAACUUGGUGCAACCUCCAAUCCCAAUAUGCCCUUGAGUAUUUACAGCCACAGAGGAUCCUCGAAAGAUCAAUUGAGCAGCCAUUGGUGCAAGACAAAGUCCUUCAGUACUGGGGAUUAACCGGAAAGACAAAUUGCAACCAUGACGUUCUGUCAACAGGCUUUUUGUUGGACGCAGGUACAACUGGGAUUCUAAUGGGCACUGCCAACGACGCCUUCGGAACACAGCCGGUGGAGAUCCUUCAAGCUGCCCUUCUGUUCUCCUUCAUCAACGAGUUCCCUGACCGGGAACCUCCCAUUAUUCACAACGAAAGCCAUGGCAGGGAAGGUUGGGAGCCUUCCAUUGAUCUCUCUCAAACAGUGGGAUGGUUUACCACCGUGUGGCCCACAUUGGCUGCUGUGCGGCCUGGACAACCUUUAUCGGACAUUGUCAAACGAACAAAAGAUGCGCGACGACGAAUGUCGCGUAAUGGGUGGGAUUAUUUCACCUCACGCUAUCUUCAUCCAGAUGGUUGCACUGAGCUCCCUCUUGACGUGCCUCUCGAGAUUGUGCUCAACUACCAUGGCUCUUUUCAGCAAUUCGAAAACAGGAGGAGUGUCCUUAGGGUCGCUGAGACCCAGUACACGCGGUUCGACCAGGCCAGCGCUGCCCCUCGAUUCGAACUCUUUGAAGUUUCUGCCGUUGUCAAAAGUGGCCAAUUGAGCGUGGACAUAUUCUACCACCGUGGUAUGGGGGCUGACAGGAUUGGCCGGUGGUCUACAUCUUUUGAACAUGCACUGCGUGAGGCGAGUCGGACAUUGCCGUCGAUGGAUAUCCAACACACCCUUGCCGACUAUCCCUUGCUACCAGCGGAUUAUGGAAAUCUUGAAGCCUUGUUGAAAAUGAUCACAGUUACACAGGGGCCUUCAGCAUCCAAAGCCAUUGAAGAUAUAUAUCCAUGCACGGGUAUCCAGCAGGGGAUGCUACUGAGCCAUUCCCGGGAUAAAAACCAAUACAUCACAGCUACCACGUGGGAAAUUCAUCGGCCAUCUGGUCUUGAUACCAGUCGCUUUCUGCGUGCCUGGCAAAAGGUCGUCGACAACAACCCAGUUCUCCGAACUGCUUUUGUAGAAGGCAGGUCAGGCCAAUUAUGGAACCAGGUGGUAAUGAAACAUGCAACCGGCAAAGUCAUCUCCCUCCUCGAUGGUCGCAACCAUACGGUGGCUGUUGAUCAGCACACGGAGGGAAUCACCGGAGGAUCUUCCCCCGACACGAUCUGGUGUAACUUGUCCAUCCUCCACGCCCUCGUUGAUGGUUUCUCGACAGCUCUUAUCGAACAGCAGUUAGUUCGCGCGUAUGAGGAUGGACGACUUACUGCACCUACCGCAACACUCAAAGAUUACGUAUCCUAUCUCCAGCAUGUCCCAAGCGAGUCCGGGACGCUUUUCUGGGCCGGUUAUUUGGAAGGUACAGAUCCAUGUAUCAUCACCUCCCUUGGUACUGCUCCAGAUGCCGAUCCAAAGGCAAAGGUGCAGUAUUUCCUGGGUGAAUUGGAUGAUGUGAAGCCACUACAGACCUUUUGUGAAAGGCACGGGGUAACAUUGUUCAAUUUAAUCCAAGUUGCUUGGGGAGUGGUCCUACAAUGCUAUACAGGGAUGGAGACUGCAUGCUUCGGGUAUCUGGCAUCCGGGCGCAACGUUCCAAUUCCCGGAAUCGAUACCGCAAUUGGGCCAUUUAUCAACAUGCUCAUAAGCCGAAUGGAUCUACCCGGCAGUAAGUCCAUUGUGAAGGCUGUCCAGACGAGUCGAUCAGAUUUCCUCGAGGCAUUAGAGCAUCAGCAUACUUCACUGGCGGAAAUAUAUCAUUCUCUGGGAGUGACAGGCCAGGGCCUGUUCAACACUGUCGUAUCUCUUCAGAACUUGCCAUCGGAGCCUGUCUCGACUUCUGAUCUUUCACUGCGACCGAUCACGGCUGAUGAUCCCACCGAGUAUGAUCUAACAUUGAACGUGGCCGCCUCGCGCCACAGGCUACAAUAUGCGUUGUGGUACUACCCACACGCUUUCCUCUCUCGUCAGGUCUCUGAUCUGGCGGCGGCAUUUGGCAGGGCAUUGCAGGGCCUUGUUGAUCCACACAACGUGAAUAUCCGAGACGUAACCCUGUUGGGCGAGGGCCACAUCGACUUGUUGCGUGCACGGAAUGUCAAUCCCCCGGAAGCACAACAACAUACCAUACAUGCGACUAUUGCCAAAUUCUUCAUGUCUUCCCCGUUGGCUCCUGCAGUGUGCGCCUGGGACGGUGAUUUCUCCUAUGCAGAGCUGGAUCGUCUCUCCUCCGGGUUAGCAAUGAAUCUAGUUCACCAUGGCGUCGAGCCAGAAAUCUUUGUUCCUAUUCACAGCAACAAGAGCAAAUGGGUGGCAGUGGCUAUGCUUGCUGUGCUUCGUGCAGGUGGUGCUUUCACGCUUCUGGAUCCUUCGCUCCCAUCGGCUCAAAAACAGAUUAUUUGCGCAGACCUGAAAUGCUCCGUCAUUUUAUCCUCUCGAGCUACCCAAUCUGUAUCACCCUGCGUGGAAACGACCAUCAUAAUCGACCCUGAAGAGCUGCCGGCAUGGAAGACGGAACUGUGUGUCAAGAUACAAUCGCGCACACCCGCCAAACCCCAGAAUGCGGCAUAUGCCGUUUUCACGUCCGGAUCUACUGGUGUCCCCAAGGGGGUGGUGAUCGAGCAUUCCUCGUUUUGUAGCCAUGCAGAGGCCCAGCAUCGGGUUAUGGACAUUACCAGUCAGAGUAGGGUACUGCAAUUUUCCGCUUACACUUGGGAUGUCAGCAUCAUGGACCAUCUCACCACGUUCAUGGCGGGUGGUUGUGUCUGCUCUCCAUCUGAGUUUGAACGACUGAAUACUCUUUCUCAAUCGGUCCAACAAUAUAAAGCUAAUUGGCUCCACACCACACCCCCAGUCUCUCGUCUGCUCAAUCCCGCCGCCGUGCCUUCACUUCGGACAUUAAUCCUCAUCGGGGAAACGCCCACUUCUGAUGAUCUGAAUCGCUGGCAGGGUCGAGUAUCCCUGCGUCAGGCAUACGGGCCAACGGAAUGCACCGUUCUCGCCACUGUUAACCAGGCUGUUGGGUCGGAUCCGAGAAACGUUGGACAUGGCAGUGGAUGCCUUUGCUGGAUCGUCAGCCCCGAUGAUCACGGGAAAUUGAUGCCAAUCGGAGCUGUUGGUGAGUUAUUGGUUGAAGGUCCGACCCUCGCCCGGGGUUACCUUAACGACCCAGACAAGACAGCCAACACGUUCAUUGAAAGGCCGCAAUGGCUGGAGAACUUCGGCCGUCCAGCUGAUGCUCGGCUUUACAAGACCGGUGACCUGGUUCAAUACUACCCGGACGGGUCUAUUCGUUAUGUGCGCAGGAAGGACUCUCAGGUCAAACUCAGAGGACAGCGCAUCGAGCCCGGCGAGGUCGAGUAUCAUGUUGCCAGAAAUUUUCAGGGAGCACAACGGGUCGCAGUAGAUGUCUUGACACUGGACUCAGAGCCAUCUCGUCCUUUUCUGGUUUGCUUUGUUCACUCUGGUGAUAAGGCAACGGCGAACCCCCAAGUGCAACUUUUUUCCUCGCCUGACGGGUGCUUCUCUUCUAAGGUAGCCCUGACUCAGGCUCGCCUUCGUGAUAUAUUACCCAAGCACAUGGUACCUACCGUGUUUGUGCCCCUUAAUUGGGUGCCCCUGACCAGCUCCGGGAAGACGGAUCGUCGACUAUUAAAGCGGGAAGCAUCCAGGUUGAAACGUGGCGACCUUGAUAAGUAUACGAAUGUGGGACCUACCGCAAAGACAGCACCAGUCACGGAAAUAGAGCGCAAAUUGCUCCAUAUCUGGGCUGACGUGCUGGAUCUCCCUAUUGACAAUAUCGGGACUCAAGAUAGUUUCUUUCAUCUGGGCGGAGACUCCAUCACUGCCAUGCAACUUGUGGCGAGAUGUCACUGUCUCCAGAUUCCAAUCAAUUUGGAAGUGGUUUUCCAGCACCGUACAAUUGCUGAUCUUGCCGAACAUCUCCUGAGAGAACAAGAGCAUCCCAUUGUAUUCGCACCAGAAAAAUUGGAUGUGCUGUUCAACCUGUCUCCUAUCCAGCGAUGUUUCUUCCAGCACGCUCCCAAUGGUUACAACCAUUUCAAUCAGAGUUUCCUUGUCGAUGUCACCAUCGAUCUGCCGGUAGAUCGCAUGCGUCAGGCAAUUCGGUCCAUUGUCGAGCGUCAUUCAAUGCUCCGUGCACGGUUCCAUCAAGACAAUCAUGGCGAGUGGACACAGAUGGUCAGAUCGGAUGUUGAAGGGUCUUAUCAAUUCCGAGCAUUGAAUGUUUCUCAAGAUUUAGAACUCAAUGUAGAGCUGCAGAAUGCGCAAUUGUCCUUGGAUAUUGUCCACGGGCCGGUAUUCGCUGCAGACCUGAUAUUUUUGGAUGGACAGCAAACACUUCUGCAUCUUGUUGCUCAUCAUCUUGUAAUUGAUCUGGUCUCGUGGAGGGUAAUAUUUGCUGAUUUGAAAUCUCUCCUGACCUCGAAGGAAUGGCCACCAUUACCGAGGCUUGGAACUUUAGCAUUCCAGCCUUGGUGUGAUAUGCAAGCUGAUUAUGCACAAACCGUACUCAAAUCACAGCAGGUGCUCCCCUUCGAAAUGCAGGACUUAUUCGCCACGCCGCUUGACUACUGGGGUAUGACGGGGAGUCCCAAUGUGUUUCGAGAUUCAGUCAUUCGAUCAUUCACCAUUGAUCAACCCAUCACCGACCUCAUCCUGGGGGAUGCGAACAAGGCAUUCAAUACAGAGCCAGUAGAGAUCCUUCACGCUGCGGUGGCGUACUCGUUCUCCCGAACCUUUACCAACAGAGAUCCACCAGUGAUAUACAGUGAGGGUCACGGUCGCGAGCCCUGGGACGCGUCGCUCGACCUUUCUGAGACAGUGGGAUGGUUCACAACCAUCUGGCCAAGUGCAGUCAUCUUCGAUGCUGUGCAUAGCUUGGUAGAGACAGUUCGACGGACCAAGGAUGCUCGUCGAGCGGUGCCUCGCAAUGGAUGGCCCUUCUUCACCUCCCGCCACGCCGCCUCCGCUACGUCUUCCCUAUCGGCCCCGGAUCCGUACGAGAUCCUCCUCAACUAUGUGGGGUCCUUCCAAAAUUUUGAACGCGACGACCCUCCCUUUAGGCUUGUAUCACCGAGUAAAUACCAUUCGAUCCAAUCUGGCCCAGAAGCACCGCGUCUUGCUCUCUUCGACGUCUCCGUCGACACGAUACAAGGGCAGUUGGCCAUCAGUGUGGUGUUCAACCAGAGGAUGAAACACCGUGAGAAGAUCGAGACGUGGAUUAAUGAAUUCGAAAAGACGGUCAUCAGGAUUGGAGAAGAUCUGGCGCGCCAGUCACCGGGCUACUCCCUCAAUGACUUCCCUUUGCUUUCCACCACUUACGAAUCUCUCGACAUAAUGCUAGCGCAAGCUGUGCAGCAGAGUGGUGUACAGAAGACUAACCAAAGGCUCAUUGAAGAUGUCUACCCAUGUUCGCCAGUCCAACGCGGUAUACUGCUCAGUCAAUCCCGCAAUAGCAAUCUAUAUCGUCCCCACUUUACUUGGCAAGUCCAAUCAACCCGAGGCAUAAUUGACUUGAAACGUCUCAGAACCGCAUGGAACACGGUGAUACAGCGGCAUGGCGCAUUCCGAACACAGUUCGUGGAAGGCCGCUCCAAUCGCGGUUACUACGAUCAGGUAGUCAUGACUGAACAGCCGGACAACAUUGGUCUUUUGGAAUGCCCGGCUCGGCCUCCUCGGGACUCCAUUCGUGAUCAUCGUGGGACUCGGGUACGAGCCUCGAACGAACUGUGGCAGCUCCUUCUGUGUCAGAAUCCAGCAGGGGAAACCUUCUGUGAUCUCGAAAUCAAUCAUCUUUUGAUCGAUGGCACUUCCAUCUCAAUCCUCACCCGUGAGGUAGAGUUGGCGUACGAUAAUCUACUGCCACCCGGCAAAGGACCUUCCUAUGGGGAAUAUAUUAGAUAUAUACAGUCGGUCUCCAAGGAUGACAGCAUUAGCUACUGGAAGCAGAAACUCUCAGGGGCUACUCCAUGCCUCUUUCCCAAGCUCAGCGAGGAACGCAGUCAGACUGAUACACCACCCUGUCGACCUACUUUGCACAGCCACGAUGUCGAAAUUCAGGAUGCUAGUAUCAUCUACCAGUUUUGCUCGAAGUAUGAAGUCACAAUCUCCAAUCUCUUACAGGUCGCAUGGGGUUUGGUUCUGCAAGCUUUCACGGCUACAGAUGAGCCCGUAAGCUUUGGAUUUCUCACAUCAGGACGCGAUGUUCCUGUUUCUCGGAUCGAAUCAGCUAUUGGCCCAUUCAUAAAUGUAUUGCCAUGCCAUCUUACUCUCGACUCAAAUCAACCAUUGGUCAGCCUAUUGAAAGAUAACCAAAAGAGCUACAUCGGCAGUUUAAAGUACCAGAACUGCUCUCUCGCGGAGAUCUUCCAUGCCAUAUCGCUAUCUGGCACCCCACUGUUCAAUUCCACUCUCUCAGUACAGGAUAAGACCCCACGCAUUGACCCUGGUGGUUCUUCAGUUAAGUUCAUUUCCGAUAGUUCUUCGGAUCCGACCGAGUAUGAUCUCGCAGUGCACGCUCUGGUGGACAAAACUUCCAUAUCUCUUUCCAUCGACUAUUGGGAGAACGAUUGUCUUACCAACGACGAAGCAUUGAACGUCAUUUCGACCCUUCAACAAACACUGUUACAUAUAGCCUCCUUCCCUAAUGUGAAAACGGGGGAGGUGGAACUUUUGAGUCCCAGAGAUCAAGAGAGCCUCCGCAGCUGGAGCGAACGGAUACCGCUGCCACAAGAGAUGUGUGUACAUCACUUAAUCGAGCCAAACUUUAGGAAUACUCCUUCGGCUGUGGCAGUAAGCGCAUGGGAUGGUGAGCUUUCUUACAAGGAGCUCGAUCGUCUAUCCGCCCGUCUUGCAGCCCAGCUCACGGAACUCGGAGCUCAUCCAGAAAUGUUUAUGGCUUUGCUAUUCGAGAAGUCUAUGUGGACUGUAGUAUCCAUGAUCGCGGUGUUGAGAGCUGGAGCAGCCUUCGUGCUUCUAGAGCCAUCAUACCCAACUCGUCGUUUGGAACAAAUUUGUGCCAACACUGGGGCCAAAUUCAUCCUCAGCUCUGAAAGGAAUCAAUUGAGACUCAGUCACCUCUCUGCGCAGAUAAUCGUCGUCAGUCCAGCAGCAGAGCCGCACUGGCCAACCAUCAGGCCACUACCAGCCAGGGUUCAGCCACAAAACGCGGCUUACGCAGUAUUUACCUCUGGGUCCACUGGCAAGCCUAAGGGCAUUGUCAUCGAACAUGCUUCAUUUUGCUCGAUGAUUGAAGCCAACAAGGCAGCUACAGGUUUGAGUCAUGCCUCACGAGUGCUUCAAUUCUCUUCGUAUGCCUUCGACGUGAACAUCAGUGACCAUCUUAUGACGCUUUCAUUAGGAGGCUGUCUCUGCAUACCAUCUGCGUCCGAAUUGCACGACGUUGAAAAGGCCAUUGGUGACUACAACGUGAACUACGCUGCUCUUACCCCCUCCUUGACCAGAAUCAUAAACCCAAAGAGCGUUCCAUCACUGAAGACAAUUACCACAGCUGGUGAAGCAACCACCCGUUCGGAUAUUGCACGAUGGCACGGCCAUGUCCGUUUGAAUAAUGGGUACGGCCCAGCGGAAUGUACCCCAUACAGCGCGAUUCGACCAGAUAUCCCGGAUUGGUCAGACUGUCGAAAUGUUGGCUAUGGGACCGGUGGCGUCUACUGGAUCGUCGAUCCAACCAACCACGAUAGGCUACUCCCCAUUGGUGCGAUUGGAGAGCUCAUGCUAGAAGGUCCGGUUGUUGGCCGUGGGUAUUUAGACAACGCAGAACAGUCCAAAGCUUCCUUCAUAAGUAACCCCGUUUGGCUGAAGCACUUUAGGCCACAUACCAGAUCACGCUUCUAUAAAUCUGGGGACUUGGCUCGCUAUCAGUCGGACGGGGCGCUCAUCGUACUUGGGCGCAAGGACACUCAGGUCAAACUCCGGGGCCAGCGGAUUGAACUAGAAGAGGUUCAAUUCCACACACGCCAAUGCUUCCCUCGGGCCAGAGAGGUAAUUGUGGAAGUCAUACAAGCUGGCGCGCAACAUGUCCUAGCCGCUUUCAUUGUACAGCCGACUGACCUAGAUUUGGAGCAUCUCAAAACCGACAAUCUGUUUUACCGUCCAACUGAAGCAUUCCAAACUGCAGCUUCCUUGGCGAAAGCCCGACUUCAAGAGUCAUUGCCUUCAUAUAUGGUCCCUACUGCAUUUUUGCCGUUGACUCACAUCCCAUUGGUAGCUACAGGAAAGGUCAAUCGUGCCCUCUUGAGGCAGUGUUCUUCGGGGUUGUCCGCGGCCAGCAUUGCAGAAUACCUCAACCCUCGGGAUGAAAGUGCCAAGAUGGCCCCCAGCAACGAUACAGAAGCAUUACUCCUGGGUUGUGUAGCAGAUGUGCUUGACAAAAGCCCGAGUGAGGUUGACCUGAACGACAGUUUCUUCUUUAUCGGUGGCGAUUCGAUUAGUGCGAUGGAGCUAGUUACCCACUGUCGCAAGCAAGGUCUGGCUGUGACUGUUCCAGACAUUUUUCGCCACAAGACCGUGCGAAGAUUGGCGCCUCAUGUCUCGCGAACAGCUCAGAUCACUAUGGAAACGAGGAAGUUGGUGGACAUACCUGUUGGCCUCUCUCCGAUCCAACAGGCACUAUUGAACCGCCUGCCUGAUGGACAAGGUACAUACAAUCAAAGCUUCUUGCUCAAACUUGCACAGCCCAUAUCAUCAGCAUCCAUGGACACCGCUAUAUCCAUGAUAGUGAAACGGCAUUCCAUGCUUCGAGCUCGGUUUCAACAGGAGUCUGGUCAGUGGAAGCAGAUCAUUCCACUUCACACUGAUAACUCGUAUAUUUUCCGGUCCCUAGUGCUGUCGAGGGGUGGUGUUCACCACCACAUGGUGGAGGCCCAUGAGGCAGUGAAUAUAAUCAAAGGCCCAGUCUUUGUCGCCAGUCAUAUAACAGUCGACAACACCCAAUAUGUAUUCUGCGUCUGCCAUCAUCUUGUUGUUGACUUGGUAUCCUGGCGUAUAAUUUUCAACGACCUUGAGACACUUCUACGAGGGGAUCCUCUACCAUCUAAUACCUCCUUGCCCUUCCUCUCAUGGUGCAACUUACAAUCAGAAUACGUAAAGGAGCAUCUGAAGCCCUCGUCAACCAUCCCGGGUUUGUCCAGCAUGCCAUCGUUUCAGUGCUCGUUCGAGCAAUACUGGGGACUCGAUGGUCAUUCCAAUACAUACUCUGACAUAGUGCGCAGCAAAUUCUCAAUCGACGUGCAGGUUACGCAGGUGCUUCUGGGGCCUGCAAAUGACCCUUUGCAGACUACACCUGUUGAGCUCUUCCAUGCAGCGAUUCUCCUGUCAUUUGUGCGCUCUUUCCGCGAUCGUUCCCCUCCCAUAAUCUUUAAUGAAGGCCACGGAAGGGAGCCCUGGGACAGCUCGGUUGAUAUAUCGGGUACCGUGGGUUGGUUUACAACAAUAUGGCCCGCUCUAGUCCCAGCAAAUCCAAGUGCAAAAUUCGUCGACCUCCUUCGAUGUACCAAAGAUAUUCGACGGCAAACCCCAGCCAAUGGCUGGAAUUACUUCGCAACCCGCUUUCUUCAUCCAGAAGGCCGACAGAUACUCCAGACUGCUGGGCCCAUGGAAAUCCUUAUGAACUACCACGGACUCUACCGCAACCUCGAGAAAGAAGAUAGUAUUUUACAAAGCACCACCGAAAUAGUGGACUUGCCGUCAAAUGUGGGUGGCCACAUACCAAGAUCGGAGCUCUUUGGUGUAGAAAUCUGGCUAUCUGACGGCAAUUUGGAAUUCGAGUUUAGCUACAACAAAGACUCGUUCCACCAAGAGGCAAUUCUCAGGUGGAUCACUCUUUGCAAGGAAAUCCUCAUGACCAACGCCAAUGAGUUGUUGUCAGCUUCACGCCAGUAUACGUUGAGCGACUUUCCCUUGUUGCCUAUGAGCUACACAGAGCUACCACAACUUCUGCACAACAUUUCGCAUUUGGGGAUUGAUCCGUCCAGCAUACAGGAGGCAUACCCGUGCUCCCCAGUACAGCAAGGAAUACUGUUGAGUCAGGACAAGGACAGCGGGCUUUAUUCAACAAGCACAACUUGGAGGGUAUUCGGUCCAGGUCUGAGUCGGUCUGAGCUAAUCAAUCGUCUUCGCAACGCCUGGGCUCGCUUGGUAGCGCGUCACUCAAUCCUUCGGACCAUCAUUGUAAAUAGUGCGUCAUCAGACAGACUUUAUGAUCAGAUCGUUCUCGAUCAUGGAGCCGGUGCCGUAACUAUUCAUGAUGACACCGCACCGAAACAAAUGUCCGAAAGGCCAUUACCAUGGCAGUUCAGAGUGACCAACAUAUCUGAUACGGAGCUCACAUGCGAGCUUGUCAUUACCCACGCCCUCAUAGACGGUAUGUCCAUUCAGAACUUGGGACGUGACCUCAGCAGCGCAAUGAAUGAAACCCUUCCUGAAGGUGAGGCCCUGCGAUACAGUGACUACGUAGCCUACUUGGAAUCACUUUCGGAGGAAUCAGCGGGCCAAUAUUGGACACAAUAUCUGUCGGAUGCCAGCAGCUGUAUAUUUCCACGGUUAAAUGAAUCUCGCAAUGGUAAGCUUCAAAGUGCGAAUGACACACUUGAUGGCUGUCAACUUCAUACCUUUUGCGAAUCAAACGGUACUACGCUAUUUAGUAUCAUUCAGCUAGCAUGGGCCCUCGUCCUAAGAGGUUAUACGGGUAUGGAUGACAUUUGCUUUGGUUAUCUGACAUCCGGAAGGGAUGUCCCACUCCCAGGCAUCAGUGGUGCCAUUGGCCUCUUCAUCAACAUGUUGGUGUGUCGUCUCCAACUGGAUAAGGAAGCUUCUGUUUUGUCACUGCUAGAGACGAGCCAGAACAACUUCGUUCGCCACUUGAAUCAUCAGCAUUUUUCUCUGGCAGAGAUCCAGCAUCGACUAGGGACCAGCCGUGGGCCACUCUUCAAUACAAUCAUCUCGCAGCAGAGCUACGCAUCUACCCAUGAAAACAGUAAAGCUGAGUCAGAUACAGUUUCCGUGAAGGCCACUGACAUUGAAGAUCCCACGGAGUACGACAUUGUCAUAAAUAUCGCCGUCAGCGGCGACCAAGUUAAUAUUUCGCUCAGCUUCUGGGAUUCUGUACUGUGUUUAUCUCAAGGGUCCAAUAUCCUUGCUCUUUUAAGACAGACUAUUCUAGCAAUCAUCGAAAAUCCAUCAGGCACCAUUAGUCAAAUUGAUCUAAUCAGCCAAGAGGACCUUGCGUCUAUCCAUAAGUGGAACAGACAGCUUCCACCCGCUGAGGACAUUUGUGUCCAUGACCUCAUUCUCCAGCAAUGUGCUAUUCGUCCAGAGGCACCGGCGGUGUGUGCCUGGGAUGGAGAUCUCACUUACAAACAGCUUAAUCAAUUCUCGUCCACCUUGGCUUCUAAGCUCAGGCAGUCCGGGGUGGGACCAGAUGUAUUUGUGCCAUUACUGUUUGAAAAGUCCAAAUGGACUGCUGUUGCGCUCCUAGGCGUCUUGAGAGCCGGCGGGGCGUUCAUAUUGUUGGAUGCAUCAUAUCCCACGGGUCGGUUGCAAGAGAUUUACCGUCAGGCUGAUGCUCACAUCAUACUUGCGUCAACAUAUACACGCGAAAAAGCCGCCGAGAUAAGUGAUCAGGUUUUGAUGGUCUGUCAAGAUGAUAUUGAGGGGUGGAAGUUGCGAUCUGAAGAACAAUGCCUGCAAUCAAACGUUCAACCGUGGCAUGCUGCGUAUGCUGUCUUUACAUCCGGCUCUACGGGGCAAUCUAAAGGUGUGGUUAUUCAACAUUCGAGCUAUGCAACCAGCGGAAAGUCUCUACAGAAACGACUCAGAGUUACCCCAGAUACUCGAGCUUUUCAGUUCGCCUCCCACGCUUUCGAUGUAAGUGUCAGUGACUAUCUGACAACACUAAUGGCUGGCGCCUGCAUUUGUGUCCCCUCUGAGGUAGACCGAAUAGAAAACAUUCCACUUGCCGUACAACAGCUGAGAUCCAAUUGGAUGCACAUCACACCAUCCGUUGCACAAAUAUUUCAACCGUCGCAGGUAACUGGUAUCAAGGUCAUGGUGCUGAGUGGCGAGCCAAUCAAGCCAGACAAUAUUGAGACGUGGGGACAGUCUGUUCACCUCAUCAACGCAUACGGGCCAGCCGAAUGUUCUGUCGAUUGUGUUAUCAAUGGCGAGGUGGUUUCCAAUCCGUCAAGCAUUGGAAUAGCCAGUGGGGGGGUUUGUUGGAUCACUCAUCGAACCAGCCCCAGUCAACUGGUGCCAAUUGGCGCUAUUGGGGAGUUGUUAAUUGAGGGUUCGAUUAUCGGCCAGAGAUAUCUCCACAACGAAGCAGAAACAAACAAGGCCUUCAUUGAGUCUCCUUCCUGGCUGCAGAAGUUCAGAGGCUUUUCCUCUCCCGGACGCCUUUAUCGCACUGGCGACCUGGUUCAAUAUCUCCCGGAUGGUUCGUUAAAAUACGUCGGUCGUGGCGAUACUCAAACCAAGAUCCACGGACAACGCAUUGAGCUUGAAGAAGUCGAGUUCCGUCUACGUCAGCAUUCCUCCAAAUAUCAAGAUGUAGCAGUUGAUAUUCUACACCGGCCCAGUAAGGACGGUACUUCCCACCCGGUACUGGCUGCAUUCCUCCAAUUGCCGGCAUCGAAAACCACCGGAGGAGAAUUCUCCAUUCUGCAUGCUAGUCCCGAGUUCUUCACUGAUACCCAAACGUUGCGAUCUCAAUUGGUUGACGUCCUCCCCCGUUAUAUGGUUCCAGCGAUAUUCCUUCCGAUCAAUCAUAUUCCGCUUACACCGUCAGGCAAGGUUGAUCGGCGGCAGUUACGUAUGCAAGGAGCCAAAGUCCCAUGGGAUAACAAGGCUUCCCAUCCACAAACAGCGAAAUUACAAGCGUCUACGGAGACUGAACAUAAGCUCCAGCGAAUAUGUUCACAGGUUCUGGGAGUCAUGGCAGAAGAAAUCGGUAUGGACGACGACUUUUUCAAGAUUGGGGGUGACUCGAUCAGCGCCAUGAAAUUCGUAUCCAGGGCUCGCCCUGAAGGCCUUUUCAUGACUGUGAGCCAGAUCUUCAGCUCACCUAGCUUGAGAAAGCUGGCACAGUCUGUGGUAAAUAGGUCUGAGACCAGUGGGGUAUCGGCCACGGCUCCCAAUGCUAUCUUCUCAAACAUAGACAGGAACACCUUCCUCGACCAAUUAAAGAAUGUUUCUUUCGAUGUUGGGAAUGUUGCCAGCAUUCUUCCAACGACCGAGAUGCAGUCGUUUUCAACACGUCGGCCGCAGAAUUAUUGGUUCUUCGAGUUCUUUGGGCCCCUUGACUUUGAAAGGUUAAAACAGGCGUGCUCAGAUCUGGUUCGACAGCAUUCGAUUCUUCGCACACUUUUUGUGCUUCAUAACGAUGAGACUUUCCAGAUCAUCCUCAAACAACUAUCUGUUGAUGUUUCUGCAUACGAAACCAAUGGUCAGGCCCCACUGGCAUUCGCUGAAGCCUACAGCCGCCAGGAUUCUCUGUCGCAGACUUUCUUGGGGGUUCCCCCUAUUGCCUUUACACUUGCACAACAUACUGAUAUGCACCAUGUCCUCAUAACUCGUCUUUCUCACGCGCAAUAUGAUGGCCUCUCAAUUUCUAAACUUGCUCAAGAUCUUUUCGAUCUACUUCACCAACAGCCGAUCUCCGUGCCUGCGGACUUUGCGAUGUACACUACCCAUGCUUUGCAUAAACGCAGCACAGAAGCAUUUGAGUUUUGGAGAAAUGUUCUCAAUGGAGCCUCGAUGACUCCUUUCCUUCCACCCAGAGACAUGGUUGGAUCAACCGAUGCGUCCCUAGUCGAGGCAUCUCAGAAUGUGACACUCCCAAGCCCACCUGCUGGAAUUACCAUGGCAACGGUGGUCAAGGCAGCCUGGGCAAUGGUCCAAGCCAGGCUCCUUCAUCUGCACGAUCUUGUAUUUGGUCAGUUGGUCAGCGGACGUAACACCAGCACAGAAGCUUUGGAGGACGUGGUAGGGCCGUGCGUCAAUAUUAUUCCUGUUCGAGUCCAGAUACACCCAGAUCAGUCCACAUCGGAUCUCCUGGCCGCGGUUCAAGCCCAGCAUGCCCAUAGUAUCCCCUAUGAAACCUGCGGCCUCCGGGCGAUUGUCAAAAACAGCACGUCUUGGCCGCGGGACACGGAUUUCGGGUCUGUUGUGCACCACCGAAAUACUGGAGAUCAAUUUACACUUCAGAGUGAUGAGCUAACCUGUCAUGUUGACGCCUGGUCACCCGUAUCUUUGCCCUCAAUGAAUACAUGGAUAGCGACUACUGCGGACGAGAAUCAACUGCAGGUCAAUAUUUUCUCGCGAAGUGAAAUUGCAACCUCGGCUCAUAUGGAGAUGCUUGUGAAAGAAAUGACUGAGGUGUUAGCCAUGUUCCAAAAGGGGUAG